AUGCAGGCCCAGGGUAUGAUUGAACAUUUGCGCAAGGUCAAGGACGACAAAUGCUGGGAUCUUGCAGAUGUUUGCCUUGCUCAAUGUGAAACUGUCACUCAUCGGAUGAGUGAUGGGACGUACCUCGAUUUCCGAAGGCAGCGAGCAGCACGAGCGCAAAACUCGAGCACCACAGGGCUUACUGCCAGUGACACAGACAGUCCAUUGGCUCAGGUGAGGACGAAUAGUGGCCAGACAAACAAUGAUGCACUGCGAGGCACCGUAUUCGAUCCCCAACCUUCAGAUACAUCGGUGGAGCUUCAUGACGUCAGAGGAAGCCAUUUUGACUUUGGAACACAAGAGGUUGGUGGAUUCUAUGGACUAAACACUCUCCUGGACAACCAAUGGGAUGAGUUUGGAUAUAUGUCAGAGCCUCACGUAUGGGAGUACCCUAGUUUGGACGAUCAGAUCAAGUUUUAG